AUGCAGUACACACAAAUCCUGGCUGUGGCCACCCUCUUCAUAUCCAGUGCCUUCGCCGCCCCGCUAGACGUGGAAGCUCGCGCAUGUGCCGCGACUUGCGGCACAGUUUGCUACACCAGCAGUGCUAUCAGCGCCGCCCAGGCAGCGGGGUACAAGCUCGAAGCCGCAGGCAACGAUGUCAACGACUAUCCCCACGUAUACAACAACUAUGAAGGUUUCGAUUUCCCCGUUUCAGGAACCUACUACGAAUUCCCCAUUCUUAGCAGCGGCAAGGUCUAUACUGGUAGCUCUCCUGGGGCGGACCGUGUUGUCUUCAACACAGCCAAUAAGCUGGCUGGCGUUAUUACUCACACUGGUGCCAGCGGUAACAACUUCGUGGCAUGUACCUAG